UAUAAAUACACAAGUUUUCCAGCAUCAGAAUCCAAACAGCUUUUUGGUAAAACGAGGGAGCAAAAAUUGGGAAGUAGCAUCAUGGGGUCAGAAAGAGAGUGUCAACUUCCUCUACCUGUUGUUGAUUUCUGUGAUGAAAACCUCAAACCUGGUACUGACACAUGGGUUUCCGCUUGUGAUGUUGUGAGGGGUGCAUUAGAGGAUCAUGGUGGAUUUCUAGCACUCUACAACAAGGUUGAUCCACUGCUCUAUGACUCUGUCUUCUCUGCAAUGGAACAACUCUUUGAUCUUCCAUUAGAAACCAAAAUGCAACACACCACUGAUAAACCUAUCUAUAGCUAUGCAGGGCAACGCCCUGAUAUUCCUUUGUAUGAAUCCAUGGCCAUCGCCAAUCCGUUGAAUGAUAAAGAUUGUCACGAGUACACAAAUAUUAUGUGGCCACAAGGGAAUGACCAAUUCAGUGAAAGUGUGAAUUCCUAUGCAAAGAAAGUGGUGGAACUGGAUUAUCUUGUUAAGAGAAUGGUGUUUGAGAGCUAUGAAUUGGACAAUAAGAAAUUUGAGUCUUUGCUUGAAUCAACCGAUUAUAUUCUUAGAUGCUACAAAUACAGAACAUCUAAGGGGGGUGAGACCAACUUAGGAGUGCAUCCACAUACAGAUUCUGGCUUCCUAACUAUAUUGAAUCAGAAGUUAAAUGGCUUAGAAAUUCAAUUGAAAGAUGGAGAGUGGCUCAAGGUUGAUGCCUCACCCAACAUGUUUGCUGUCUUGGCUGGUGAUGCAUUCAUGGUAUGGAGUAAUGACAGGAUACGGGGUUGUGUACACCAAGUAUUCAUGAAUUCAAAGGUAGACAGAUACUGUUUGGGGCUACUUUCAUAUGCUGGUAAGGUGAUGGAACCAGAGGAAGAAUUAGUGGAUGAGGAACAUCCUCUUCGUUAUAAACCAUUUGACCAUUAUGGAUAUCUUCGUUUCUUCCUCACAGAAGAAGCUGUAAAAUCUGCUUCUAGGAUCAAGGCAUACUGCGGUAUUUGAGGUGUACAAAAUAUGUAUGAUAUGAAGAAAGUCUUUGUGUGGUUUCUAUGAUGAUGAAUAUAUCAGAAGUUGAAUGUGUGUGUUGGUAUGUUGUGCUAUGUUUGUGGAAUAAAAUCUAAAUUUCUACAGCUUCUAGUUAUGUAUAUGAAAGAAGUUUGUGGUUAUGUAGUAUAUGUUGUGAUAGUACUUAAAUGAAUAAAAAUUUACCCAUGGAAAUGGAAUAUUUCUCUUUAGUU